ACGUUUUGUAACGUCGUGUCUGAAAACGUGCACGAGCUGCGGCGGGCAGCGAGGACCGACAGACCCGGGGGACGCUUCUCUGUAGAUCCGCAGCAGCCUUCGUGUUUCUGACACACAAAAGUGGACCAUUGCUGCUAUACUGAAAACGACAAGUAUGUCUGCGUCCCGUACAAUCAUAUGUUUACUGAGAAACGACUUGCGUCUCCACGACAACGAGCUUUUCCACUGGGCCCAAAGAAAUGCGGAAUACAUUGUCCCUCUGUACUGCUUCGACCCCAGGCAUUAUGUGGGAACUUACAACUAUAACCUACCAAAGACUGGGCCUUUCCGCCUGCGCUUCUUACUGGAGAGUAUCAGGGACCUCCGAAACACAUUGCUCAGCAAGGGCAGCAACCUCGUGGUGAGACGGGGUAAGCCAGAGGAGGUAGUUGCAGACCUCAUCAAGCAGCUGGGCUCUGUCAGCACUGUAGCUUUCCAUGAAGAGGUAACAUCAGAAGAACUGGAUGUCGAGAAACGAGUGAAGGAUGUUUGUGCACAGAUGAAGGUCAAUGUUCACACCUGCUGGGGGUCCACACUGUACCACAGGGACGAUAUUCCAUUUAACCACAUAUCAAGGCUGCCUGAUGUGUACACUCAGUUCAGAAAGGCAGUAGAAACCCAAAGUAGGGUGAGGCCUCUGUUUCCAACCCCUGAGCAGCUAAAGCCUCUCCCACAAGGGCUGGAGGACGGAGCCAUUCCUACAGCAGAAGACCUGCAACAGACAGAGCCUGUGGCUGAUCCUCGCUCAGCAUUCCCCUGCAGUGGUGGUGAAAGUCAAGCUCUGGCUAGACUAAAACACUAUUUCUGGGACACUAAUGCAGUUGCAGCUUACAAGGAGACUCGUAAUGGCUUGAUUGGUGUGGAUUAUUCCACUAAAUUUGCCCCAUGGCUGGCGAUGGGCUGCAUUUCCCCCAGGUAUAUUUAUCAUCAAAUCCAGCAGUAUGAGAGGGAGCGAACAGCCAAUCAGAGCACAUACUGGGUCAUUUUUGAGCUUUUGUGGAGGGAUUACUUUAAGUUUGUAGCCGUUAAGUACGGAAACAGACUAUUUCAGAUUCAAGGACUUCAAGACAAAUCUAUUCCCUGGAAAAAGGACAUGAGGCUUUUCAAUGCGUGGAAAGAGGGGCGGACAGGAGUGCCCUUCGUGGAUGCCAACAUGAGAGAAUUGGCGCUGACGGGCUUCAUGUCCAACAGGGGGCGGCAAAAUGUUGCAAGCUUCCUCACAAAGGACCUGGGCCUAGAUUGGAGGAUGGGAGCUGAGUGGUUUGAAUCCCUUCUGGUUGACCAUGAUGUCAGCAGCAACUAUGGCAACUGGCUUUACAGUGCUGGUGUAGGAAAUGACCCCAGAGAGAACAGGAAGUUCAACAUGAUCAAGCAAGGCCUCGACUAUGAUGGCAAUGGUGACUAUGUGCGACAGUGGGUUCCUGAGCUGCAGAAGAUCAGAGGAGCUGACGUGCACACACCCUGGACCCUCAGCACUGCUUCACUGUCACACGCUCAAGUGUCCCUUGGUGAGACCUACCCCACCCCCAUCGUCAUGGCGCCUGAAUGGAGCAGACACGUUAACAAAAAAACGAGUGGCACGGGGCCUUCACCAAGAGGAAAGAAGGGCCCAUCUCACACUCCUAAACAACAUGGAAACAGAGGCAUAGACUUCUAUUUCUCCAGGAGCAAAAACCUGUGAUCCGCUUCACAGCAAACACUCAACAGGUGGAUGGACUCUCAGAGGAAUAAAGCUCCCGUGAUGCAGACGUGGACUGUCGCUGUAAAACCUGUCACUAUUGUGCAGAUAGAGGGAAGUUGUCUGAUGAGGAUUGAGGAAAUGUAUGUUCCUGCUUUUGACUAAAUACUUGAGAAAUGUCUGAUCUAAAUGUGGGCCAUCAGUUCUCUAAAAAAUAGGCCCCCUAAAGCACCUUUUAUGGACUUGUUUCCUGUUUGGCUGCAGCAACUGUAAAAGCCAUGCUGGGGUUUUUAGUUUUGAUGCAGUGGAUCGGCUAUAUGCUCAUAUUUUUGUGCAGAUUGUUUUGCAGUUUUCUUAUGUCUGUUUGGAUAUGUAUUUUUUUCUUUUUCUUUUCAGAGAUU